CUAUACUAUGGUCUCUAGUCUCCUUUUAUAUUUGUUAUUGAAUCGGCAUAUCAAUGACUAAUGCGUAAACGUCUAUGGUUAACGCCGUCACGCGUAUAACAUGCGUAUAACCUCAAACUUCAAUGCACGUCAACGGAAUGAAGAUUCAUAGUCUACAGAUUUAUGACUUAGUUAAGUGUGAAAGUUUGUCUAAUUUUUUAUUAAUAAAUGUAAGACAAACGUAACAUAAAAUAAUAAAAAUUAAAAAAAAUCCUGGGGAGGCUAACUUAUCGGACCUUUCAGAGAAAUUAUCUCUACUGUAUGAUCUGUAAUAUAAUCUGUGACUAUAAUCAACAUAGUAUUUAAAUAUUUAAGUGACUCCAUGUGACCGCUUAACCAAAAAUGACUUUCGAAAUUGUCGCUGGUACAUAUGAGCAAUUCUUAUUGGGUUAUAACUUCCAAAGCAAGUGUGGUGAAUUAAAACAAAGUUUUGCUGUAAGAAGUCACACAGGAAGUAUAAAAUGCGUUCAUACGUUGAAUCGAUUUGUAGCAUCUGGUGGAACAGAUGACAGAAUUUUUAUAUAUGACCUUAUAUCAAGAAAAGAGCAUUGUAUGCUUACUCAACAUGUUUCUUCAGUAACAUGUGUGAAAUUUACUCCUGACAGAAGUCACAUUAUUAGUGGUUCUGCUGAUGGUACAUUAGCUAUUGUCCGUGUUGGCAACUGGCAGUUAGAGAAACUCUGGGAAAAAGCUCAUAAAGGAGCUAUUGUUAAUAUAGCAAUUCAUUCCAGUGGCAAAUUAGCUCUAACCCUUGGUUCAGACCACACGUUACAAACAUGGAACCUUAUCAAAGGAAGACAAGCAUAUGUCAUUAAUCUAAGUAACAAAAGUAAAGACCCUUCAAGUUUAGAACAUAUUAUGUGGUCUCCGUGUGGCAGUAAGUUCUUACUAGGAGGAGGUUAUUAUACAGAAAUUUGGAGUAUAGAAAAAGGAGGUAUAUUAAAAAGCAUUAAGCAUUCUUUCAAAGUAAGCUGUUGCAUCUGGUACAAAAAAAAUACAUUAUUAGUAGGAUAUGAAAAUGGACAGUUGGGAAUAACUAAUAUAGAAACGAGCAAAAUAAAUGUUAUAGAAUGUCAUAGUAGUCGCUUAAAAAGUAUUGCCACAAAUUCUAGUUGUAUAAUAACUGGGUCCAGUGAUGGAGUUAUUAAAGUUUGGGAUAAGGAAUUUCAAGAAAUUGCCAAAUGUAAUACAGGGUGUCGAAUAACAUGCUUGGAUAUUGCAAUACCUCCAACUGGGAAAGAAGAUAGUCAUGAGAGUGAAAAAGUAGAAAUGAAAAGAAGAAAAAUAAAGUGAUGGAAAUGAUGAACUAUCACAUAGUUACUGCUAUAUCAAUGUAAUACUAAUUAUGUUGCACCAAAAAAAAAUGGAAGAAAAAAUGAACAAUUAUCCAAAAAUAAUUCAUAAUAAUCAACAUUGUGGUUAAGCUGAUUAAUUACUGAAAGAUUUUUUAAUACUGUAAUAAAUAAAAAAGAAACACUA